CACUGCUUCUGCCGCUGACCACUCCGUUCAUCGUACAAUCCGCAGCAAAGAUGGCACCCGCAGCAACCGGAGGCAAGAAGCAAAAGAAGAAGUGGUCCAAGGGAAAGGUCAAGGACAAGGCCAACCACGCCGUCAUCUUCGACAAGAACACCACCGAGAAGCUCAACAAGGAUGUUCAGUCGUACCGCCUCAUCACCGUUGCCGUCCUCGUCGACAGAUUAAAGAUCAACGGAUCGCUCGCCCGUAAGGCCCUGAAGGAUCUGGAGGAGCGUGGUGUUAUCAAGCAGGUUGUCGGUCACAGCGCGUGCAAGAUCUACACACGCGAGGUCGGCGGUGGCGAGUAAGCGAUUCGGAGUUGCGAUGCAUGCACCAUCAGUCAUGAUGUUCUCUACGGCGCACGGAAGGGUAUUUCCAUAUCGAGGGCAGGCACAGGAAGCGGACAUGCGAAAUUCUUGAUCGCAUCAGCUUCGGCCCAAAGAGGCCGAGCACACAGAGUGCUUUAUAGCUCCGCCUAGACAGCAGCAACGAAACGAAGAAACUUGAUUGCCAUGACACCAUGAGUUCUCUGGAUA